GGAGGAUUGAAACGGCGACAGAAGAAUAAGCGCUCAAACAAAAGACAUUUCGAAUCCCCAAUUCCCCCAAACCCCUCACCUUCCCCGGCGAUCGCGAUGGCGAACAUGCCGGUCUCGGAGAUGCGUCUCCCUCCGCACCUCGCGCACCUCCUCGCCGCGCGCGGCCUCGACACCGCCAAGGACGUGCUGUCGCUGCCGGAGGUGGAGCUCAUGGCCGUCCUCGACGCCGGCCUUCCAACCUCCCGCGCCGCCGUCGCUCACGUCAGCGAGGCCGCCUGCCCGCCCUGCCAGACGGCGCUUGCGCUUCUGGAGGAGCGCUUCAGUCUAGGUGGAGGCGGGCGGCUGGCCACCACGCUCUGCGGGUUGGACGAGGCGUUGGGCGGAGGAAUCCCCAUGGGAAAGCUCACUGAGGUCGUUGGGCCCUCGGGAAUCGGCAAGACGCAGUUCUGCCUGAAGCUUGCCUUGUUAGCAGCAUUACCAGAAUACUGUGGAGGUUUGGACGGUAGAGUUGUGUAUAUUGACACGGAAUCCAAGUUCUCUUCACGGAGGAUGAUUGAGAUUGGUCAGAAAAGCUUUCCCCAAAUAUUUCGUCAAGAAGGCUUGGCACAAAAGAUGGCUGGGAGGAUCCUAGUGACGCGACCAGCAUCUUUAGCUGAUUUCACCAAGAGUUUGGAACAGAUGAAGGUUACUCUUCUUCAGCAUGAUGUGAAGUUACUCAUUGUUGAUAGCAUGGCUGCUCUUAUGUCAUUGGAAAAUGAGAAAGCUACAGCAGGUUUCAGACAACAUCCUUUAAGAUGGGCCCUUUCUUUUCUUAAGUCUAUCGCAGAGCUCUCAAGAAUUCCAGUUAUCGUUACAAACCAAGUACGCAGCCAAAGUAGUGAUGAUGGCUACCAUUUUUCCUUUGAAGUGGACAGGAAGGAUGGUAAUAACCGUGCUGAAAAGUUUGAUUCUCAUCUUAUUGCUGCUCUAGGGAUUCAGUGGGCUCAUGCUGUAACUGUCCGCCUAGUCUUUGAGUCUCAUUCAGGCCACAGGUUCAUCAAGAUGGCAAAAUCACCUAUGUCUCCAGCAGUAGCAUUUCCAUUCAUUGUUGAAUCAUCAGGCAUUACAUUGCUAAGUGAUGAGGGCAUUGAUGUGACUGGUCCUGAGAUAACCUCAAUUCGUUGUCAAGGGCAAAAUGUUCUGUCUCGAUAAACCAUUUGAAUGCCACUGUAUCGAACAGGUGUAAUCCUGCACUUUUUGUUGUCUAAUGACUAUGAAUAGAUUUUAUUAAUUUCAGCACACUCUCCUUCAAGUUCAUAAGUAGUCUCGCUUGUGUAUCCUGUUUUCUCGUCGUAACAAGGCUUUGCGAUUGAUUGGCUGUGGCAAUCUUGUAUGGAUUCAUGAUCUUCAGGUGGUGGAUGUUUUUGGACCUGAAACUGUGAACUGUGGGGGAGUUAUCUGCAGCAUGAUCUUUUCUCACUAACUAAAAGAAACAAAAGUAUGUACAAUGGAGUUACACAGCCUGGAAGUGCAAAAGGGAAAAGGAAAGAAGCAUCAAGAGAAGCUACUCAGCAAUCAUUAAAGAUAUGUUUAUCUGAAAGUUUUGGCCUAAGUAUAUCCUGGGCAAAUUCAACUUCGAAUUGUCCUCCAUCUUGUUAGAGAAAGGAUACCCCCUUAGAAAAUCUUGCUAUUUCUGUGAUAACAGAUGGAUCAGCAAGCCGCAGGGAGUAUUUCUUUGCAAACAGCAUUUCUAAAUCUUUGCCUUUAAUGACCAUGCCACGAAUUGGCAGGUUAAGGUUCAAGAUCAACUGAAUGUCCACAAAUUACCAGUACCACUGGCUAAAUGAACAAUGAAGAAAGAGGUUAUGGUGAUGGAAAUUGGAAUGCUGCUUCUUUAUAACCACAAGCACAAAGAAUAAGAUAUUCAUUGGGAUGUCUGAAAGGACUCCUUAUGUAAGAUUUGUCUAACCACUUACAAGGCAUGAUCUGUAAACUGUGAGGUCAUGUAUUAUUUUUGUAGCUUGCUGAAAACUGAUGCCAAAGGCAUGAUAACUUCACAGUUUUGCUUGAACUAUUCACUGAUCGGUUCUAAUCUGUUUAUUUUUCUGACUUUCAGUACUCAACUACUCAUAUGUCCAGUUAUACAGACAGGUAAUGUUCUAUCAUUGUCACUCUGUAUGUGCCUAUCCAAAGGUGAUAACAAAUAAUUAUCAUGGUCUUAAAUAUCUCGUCCUAGUUUCUUUUGUGUUGCAAUUGUCACCUGUAGGUAUCAUUCCAGUGAUGUAUAAUUAUGGUAGCAACGUGAUUAACUCCAGUGAUGAUCCGGUUUUAGCAAUACUACGGGCUGUAUAGGAAUAAGGUUCACCUGUGCCGGUCAAAUUGAUUGAUGUCUAUUCGAGAUAAUUUGAUUGAUAUGUCAGAUCUGGUUUUUGUGGGUGUUCUGUUCAGUUAGUGGGAGGGGAUUCCUGCUGCUGCCUGCUUUAUUGAGCAUAAAAAAAUGGCAGUUAUACAAUGUUUUCCCCUUAUGUUUCUGUGAACCCUCCGCAGUUUUCCUAUUACUUUGUAAAGAUCAAUUCUUGCAAAGAAACUUAUUUCUGAGUUUUGGAAUUUCGCAGGUUUGUAUCCUUCCAUAAGUCCUGCUACAAGGCUGGUAUCCUGCAGGCGAGGUAUCUUUCCAAAUACCAUUAAUGGGAGAUCAGAAAUGGCCUUCUGUAGGAAGUGUUGUUCAGAAAAGUCAUUCAUAACAAGGUAAAUACUUCUGUUCCAAAACAUCAUGUAUUUGCCUCCAACCAUUAGCUCAAUGAUCUCAGAAACGAACCUUUUGUUUUCGGAAUCCUGAACUGUGUUAGGGGCAUAAUAAAAUGAAGUUAAACGCUAUAUGAAGAAUGCUAGUAAACUAUGAUAUCAUGGUUAAUGGUUGGAAGAAAAAUGGCAAUCAUGUACAAGAGAAAAAUCACCACGAUACAUUUUUUUUGUAACUCUUGUAGAAGGCCAAAGUAGUAGUUUUUACUGAAUUAACUAACUUUGCUUUUGUAAGAACUCUGAAUUCUAGGUUUCACCCUACCUGUACCUGAUGAGAUCAGCAGUCGUCAUUGGUCUUUAGCAUCAAUGCAAAGGUACAACAAAUUUGCUCAUGAGCUUUGAGUUAUCUUGAUUGCAGAAAAUUUAACAGUCUUCUUUCAUUCGCGACUCUGCUGCCUGAUCCAUUACUAUUAAAUAAUGUAUAAAAUCUUAUAGAAUCCCUGAUUGGACAUUUAAUAUAAGACACGGAACCAUGAAAUUUAGUGGAAAUAAUGGUCUGACCUGUGUGUUUGGUUUGGGCUAGUGGACUUUCUAAGAAGGGAUACCAAUCCUCCACGUCUUGCGAUAGCAUUUUUUGUACCUCGAUAACCUCGUAUGGUGUGUGCGCCACAUCAUGCCGCUUUCUGUUUCCACCCACAGAAAAGAACAGGAGCCACAGCCCACAGUUGCCGCCUUAUGGGCUCCUUUUCCUCUAAAAAUCAACAAUCACCAAAUCACACGAAUUCUUUGAAUCCUUCUCCGCCUGGCUUUUGCUUAUUCAAUCUAGGAGUUGCUCUUCUCGUCUAUUCGCCCUUCCUAGCUGGAAUGGGCACCCUUAUUAAUCUCCUGAAAAAGAAGCUGCUCACCUGGGUAACUUUUGCGCACAUCGUGGCACUAAUAUGGAUAGCAUAUGCUGGGAGGUUAGUGUUCACCGAAGGGACAGUGUUUGCUUUUGGGAACUUAAAGAAAUAGAACUAGGUUUUAGGGGAACCAAUUGAGGCGAAGCAACUGAACUGUCUUGUUAGUAGACAGGAGGAAUCACUUUACCGGGUGUUGAUUGCUUGGCAAUUGAACUAAAGUCCAAUGCUUCCUUUCGUGCGAUCUUGAUGGAAUGCUACCAGUCACUUUUUUGCGAUGGGUUAUCUUAAUUGGACGAAAGGGGUAUGUCUCUAGAAGCAACAUAUUUGUCCAUGGAACUCAUUAUUGACAUGUCAUCUUUUUUUUAGAGCACCAGGAGAAACAGUGUGCACUUGCAAUUGCAAAGGCCUAACCACUUAUUCCCCCACAUGCCCUGAAAAGGCAGAAAAUAUUCACCAUAUUUGCUAGUGCGUUUCCUCAUUUGGGGAUACGGUAUUAUAAUAAUAAACCCGGUCGCUGCUAUUUGGCGACAUAAGCUUUACCCGGGCAUCUAAAGAACAUCAGGAUGCAUGCAGACUGGAUUCUGUCUAGAAACAACUUUGUUCCCCGGCGCAGCUGAUUCUCGUUAUGGCGUAUCGUCUCAUCGGAAACACUAGCUAGGGCCUGCUGUAGAGUUAGGUAUUUGACCAUAUUCCUAUGUCUGAUGACGCAGCCUUUACUUUUAACAUUUUAUCUAGCAGACCCCUCAAAAAAAACAUUUUAUCUAGCAUCCGGCUGUAGGACCCCUGAAACACUUGCGUCGAUUGCUUCAUCCUCGAGUCAGCUAAGGCCUUCUCCAGUGGUGGGUGGAAACCGCACCCUAUCAAGCCCAAACCGCACCCUCACCACUGGAGAGAAAAGCACCCUGCGCUUCACACAAGAAUCGAAGCCCAACUAUUUGGGCUUCGGUGCCUAUCAAAUAAACAAAUAUAUAUACAGUGAAAUGUACAGUGAAAUCAACGGACAGCCUGACCGUUGGAAGAAACGAACUAGCCGUUGCUUCCUUGGCCUAUACAUAUACACGCAUUUUCCAUUUGAGACUGAAAAUUUUACAGUCCCCUCUCUUCCUUGCUGCUCUCCUCUCCACAUCCAUGGAGCCAUCAUCUUCCUCUGCUAGCUUCACAAGUUUGAACAACCCAUCCUCGACUCCAGAUUUCCCACCAGUACAAAGCGGCUACAGCCAGCAAUACCAUAGUUUUCCUCCACCUUAUUUUCCCCCACAUAUCCCACCACCACCAUAUGCAACCAAUCAACAGCCACAUUAUGCACACAACUUCAAUCCUUAUGUAGCUCCACCAGGCUAUCAGCAAUUUCAUCCUGGAUCUUCAAGCUAUCCUUGCUUCCCUUAUCAAGGAGGUGUGGGGCAACAGCAGCAAGAACCAUCUGGAGUUGGUAUGGCCAGCGAUCCAUCAUCUCCAGUUGGAUCGACUUUCUUCUUUGGAGGUACAGGUGGUGGUGGAUCACGUGGUGAUGAAUCAGCUUCUCCGGUCUCUAUUCCUCAGCCUGUACAAGGAGGCCCUGUAAUUGAAGAAGAGUGUGAUAGCAGUCCUGAGGAAGGAAAAAAGAAUCCUGGGCGCAAGUAUUGGAGUGAAGAGGAGAACAUACGUCUAGUAAGUGCAUGGUUGAACAAUUCCAAUGAUCCAGUUAAAGGCAAUGACAAGAAAUUUUAUCAUUAUUGGAAGGAAGUCACUAGAGAAUAUAACAAGUAUUCUCCUAAGGACCGUAGAAGAACAGUGCCGCAAUGCAAAAGCCAUUGGAAUAAGAAUGCACCCAAGGUUACAAAGUUCAAUUCAUGUUGGCAUAGAAUGAAAAGCGCACAUGGCAGUGGUGAAUCAGAUGAGCAAAUACUGGAGAGAGCCCAUGCAGUUUACAAAAGUGAAAACAAACAAAAGCCAUUCCUAUUUGAGUACUGGUGGAGAGUUAUUAAGGAUCAGCCUAAGUGGGCUAGAGUAUAUCCAUUAGAGAAUAAGAGGCUGAAGUUAAAUGCAUCUGGAGCUUACACUUCUUCUUCCAAUCAAGAUACUGAUGAAGCAAGUGCUCCAGCAAAUCCCCGGCCUCAUGAAGGAACAUAUCAAGAGCAAAGCCUAAAGGAAACAGCAAAUUACGUUCACAAUGCUUAGCUGACAGACUGUCAAAUGAAACGGUGCAGAUUUUUAAUGACUCUCAGCUUAAGAAGACAGAAGCAAUUGAAAAAAAUGGCAUUGGCAACAACUGAGCAUGCUAAAGCCAUUGCUGACCAAAACAAUUUAGAUAAAAUGAAGGAGUAUAUCCAGUUGAUGACCAUUGAUACCACAAACCUCAGCGCUGCAGAAAAGGCUCGUCAUGACAAGGUGUUAAACUUUUUCACUAAGGAGUUGUUUCCUGGCGAUGAAUCUUAGAUGCAUUAAUGAAUGUACUAGUUGUAGUGGAAGUGUUGCAAGGAAGAGCUCCAGAGGUUCAAUUUAUGGUUAAUGGAAAUGAGUAUAACAUGGGCUACUACCUAACAGAUGGUAUUUAUCCCGAGUGGGCAACAUUUGUGAAAUCAGUACCUAGGCCUUUAAGUGCAAAGGAUAAACUAUUUGCUCAGAAACAAGGAGCAAGAAAAGAUGUGGAGUGUGCAUUUGGUGUCUUGCAAGCUCGUUUUGCUAUACUUCGCAACCCAGCCCGUAUGUGGCAAAGCGAAACACUUUCUCAGAUCAUGUAUGCUUGCAUUAUAUUGCAUAAUAUGAUCGUAGAGGAUGAACGAGAUUCGUAUGGGGCUCGCAAGGAUUUUGACUACGAUCAGGAAAACACUGCUCCAAUGAUCCAGUAUCAGCAAGGAGCAAUUAAUGAGUUUGCUAGGAUGCUUGAGAUAAACACUGCUAUUCAUGAUCGGUCUACACAUCGUCACCUGAAGGCUGACCUGACAGAGCAUAUAUGGCAACAAUAUGGAAACAACUAUAUGGAGCAAGACUCUGGAAGCAAUGAAGAUUAGUUUAUGUUGUUUAAAUAAUUUAUGUUCUUCAACCAUCUGAACCUUUCAUUCUUUGCUUCUUACUCUUAUGUAAUCUGUACUAAAAAAUUCAGUACUUCCGUCCUCUGCUCUACAUGUGAUUCCAAGAUUCAAUGAAGUCUAUUUAUUCCAUUA